UACUCCUACGUACUAAACAUUUCAGAGAGAAGACUUUUAUGCCCAACUUUGAUUUUUUCGACUUUAUUUUUUUUUUCUCCAGAGUCCAGAGUCAAAACCAAAACCUCAAAUUCUAAACCAUAAACAUAUACAUACUACAAACAAAAAAAGUAGAAGCAAAAAAGUAAGCAAAGAACAGCAAAUCUCUUAUUCUUUGGUCAAGUAAUUCAGCUGUUAAUUUGUCCGUGUCCUCUGUAUCUUCUUUUGCUUCAAAAUUGGGCACUUUGUACUACUCUUCUAUAUUCAUUUUCAUUAAUUUUGCUCAAGAAUUACGCGGUUGAAAGUUUGAAUCUUUAAUUCCCAUUUGAAAUUUUGGGAGCAAAAAAUGGGAGGUGUUUGUGCAGGUGGGACGGCAAAGAAUAGAGCUGAAAUUCACCAUGAGAUUGAGAGCACCUCAGGUUCUUCAAAAAAGCUAAAACCAGUCAGGAGUUUUGGAAAGGAGAAUAAAGAUGAAUCCUUUUCAUAUCCUGAUGUGAGUAAUUUCCGUGGGACGCCUAAUCUCUAUGAUUCUGGUGAAUUGUACUUGUCUAAUUUCAGGGACUUUAAGCCAUCUACACCUGCUAGAACUGGAGGGAACAAGGCGGCUAGCUCUUUUCUUGGAAAGGCAAGUAUAGUCGGUCUAGAGAAAGCAGUAGAAGUAUUAGAUACACUUGGGAGCAGCAUGACAAACUUGAAUUCCGGAGGGUUUAUGACAGGAACGGCGUCAAGUGGGAAUAAAGUAUCUAUUCUAGCAUUCGAGGUAGCGAAUACCAUCACCAAAGGUGCAAAUUUAUUGCAAUCUCUUUCCAAAGAAAAUGUUCAGUAUUUAAAGAAGGAAAUUCUACCUUCAAAGGGAGUGCAACAGUUGGUCUCUACUAAUAUGACCGAGCUGCUUGCUAUUGCUGCUGCUGACAAAAGGGAGGAAUUUGACGUUUUCUCGCGCGAAGUCAUUAGGUUUGGAGAUAUGUGUAAAGACCAACAAUGGCACAAGUUAGGUCGAUAUUUUUCCAGAUUGGACUUGGACUCUGGUGCUCAUAAACAACUAAGAGCAGAGGCCGAAUUGAUGAUGCAGGAAUUGACCAUUCUGGCUCAGCAUACUUCUGAAUUGUAUCAUGAGCAGCAGGCACUGGAUAGAUUUGAGCAGGAUUAUCGCAGGAAACUUGAGGAAUUAGAUUCUUUAAAUCUACCUCGAAAAGGAGAAGGCCUCAUGAUGUUACAGUGUGAGUUAAAACAUCAAAGAAAAAUUGCGAGGAGCUUGAAGAAGAAAUCUCUUUGGACUAAGAGUUUGGAGGAGGUUGUGGAGAAGCUUGUUGACAUUGUUACUUAUAUACAUCAAGCAAUUGUGGAAGCAUUUGGGGAUAAUGGAUUGACGUCUGCUGGCAAGGAGCCUGCCAAAAAACAAGAAAGACUGGGAGCAGCUGGUCUCGCUUUACACUAUGCUAACUUAGUUACUCAAAUCGAUAACAUUGCCUCACGCCCUACCUCUCUUCCUCCUAACAUGAGGGAUGGAUUAUAUAAUGGAUUGCCUCCCUCCGUAAAAACAGCCCUUCGUUCACGUCUGCAGGCGGUUGAUCCUAAAGAAGAGCUCACAAUUCCUCAGAUAAAAGCAGAGAUGGAAAAAAC